UGGAGGUACAUGACGUCACUGUAGUUGUGUCGAGAAGAAGAGAAAAGCACAGACGAAAGAUUUACCCCUUAACACCGUUUCGAUAUAUUUGUAUGACCAAAUUCUACGUUCUUACGCUUUGAAUCAUGUCUACUCCCGCUAGAAGACGACUUAUGAGAGAUUUCAAAAGACUUCAAGAAGACCCCCCAACUGGCGUGAGUGGUGCUCCAUCAGAGAAUAACAUCAUGAUGUGGAAUGCUGUUAUUUUUGGGCCUGUGGGUACACCAUUUGAGGAUGGAACUUUUAAACUUGUCAUAGAAUUUUCAGAAGAGUACCCUAACAAGCCACCCACGGUUCGAUUUAUCUCCAAAAUGUUUCACCCAAAUGUCUAUGCAGAUGGAAGUAUAUGUUUAGACAUCCUUCAGAAUCGUUGGAGCCCCACGUAUGAUGUGUCGUCCAUUUUGACGUCUAUCCAGUCCCUGUUGGAUGAGCCGAAUCCUAACAGUCCAGCCAACAGCCAGGCUGCACAGCUCUAUCAAGAAAACAAGCGGGAGUACGAGAAGAGAGUUUCUGCCAUCGUGGAGCAGAGCUGGGUAGACUCCUAACACAUCUCCCCCACCCCCUCAUCACUCCUAUCAAAUGCUUCAAUCGGUCAUUUACCUCAUCAAGAAAAUAAGCCGACAUCAGAAGAACUUAAGUGCCACCAGAAAGAGAAAGUAGGGACUUUUACUUGCUUGCCAACACAUUUGAAGAAAAUCAAUCUGAUACUUGUGUUCUUGUUCCAAUUUUUUUUUUUAUUGCAUGAUGUGAAAUAAGUUAUUGCUAACAGAAUUUGUAAUAUAUAUUUUUUUGUUGGAUUGAUGCUGUUAUUGUUUAGUUUCUACAGAAUAGUUGUAUUUUUUAACAUAUCUUGGUUUAAACCAUUUGAGAGUAUUUUGUCAUAUCGGCAAAUUAGUAGAAAUCCAUAAAACAUGACGACUUGGUUAAAAUAAUGUAUUUUCUGGGAAAUUCUACAGUCUGUCGUGUAGCAUAAAUGUAAGAUCAAUUGACCAGCUAUAAAGUAGACAUAUUCUUUUGCACCCAUCCUGGCAGUAGUUUCAAAUUACCGCCCUGAAUGGAGUCAGUACUAUUGAUGAGUGAUCAAGGUAACUAUGGCAUUCUGCUUGUCGAUGAAAAGACCUAAGUCACAAACACAAAAGAUGUCUCAUGUCAUGUGUUAAUUGUAUGAACUUUAAGUACAGUGGCACUUGUAAUAAGAGGAGAAUUUGUCUCAACUAGGAAAAUGGACAGAUAGUAGGCUGACUCCAACAAAAAUCCUACUGUUUGGACCUGUAAUUGAACAACAUCUGCUAAGCCUUUUUCACAUUUUAUUAGCCUUAUUCUACAAUUUUUACAUUUAUUUUUAAAUUCCCUCCAAUGCCCCAUAAUGACAAAGCGAAAACAGGUUUAGACAUUUUAGCAGAUGUAUUUAAAAGAAAACAACAUGCCUAUUUACAUAUGUAGUUCAGACCCUUUGCUAUGAGACUCGUAAUUGAGCUCAGGUGCAUCCUGUUACCAUUGCUCAUCCUUGAGAUGUUUCUACAACUUGAUUGGAGUCCACCUGUGGUAAAUUCAAUUGUUUGGAAAUUAUUUGGAAAGGCACACCUGUCUGUAUAAGGUCCCACAGUUGACAGUGCGUGUACGAGCAAAAAGGAAUUAUCCAUAGAGCUCCGAGACAGGAUUGUGUCGAGGCACAGAUCUGGGGGAAGGGUACCAAAACAUUUAUGCAGCAUUGAAGGUCCCCAAGAACAUAGUGGCCUUGUUUGGAGCCACCAAGACUCUUCCUAUAAACUGAGCAACUAGGGGAGACGAGCCUUGGUCAGGGAGGUGACCAAGAACCCGAUGGUCACUCUGACAGAGCUCCAGAGUUCCUCUGUGGAGAUGGAAGAACCUUCCAGAAGGACAACCAUCUUUGCAGCACUCCACUAAUCAGGCCUUUUAUGGUAGAGUGGCCAGACAGAAGCCACUCAGUAAAAGGCACAUGACAACUCGCUUGGAGUUUGCCAAAAGGUACCUGAAGGAAUCUCAGACCAUGAAAAACAAGAUUCUCUGGUCUGAUGAAACCAAGAUUAUUGGGCCUGAAUGCCCAAGGAAGAGGAAGGAAGGAGGAAACCUGGCACAAUCCCUACGGUGAGGCAUGGUGGCAGCAUCACGCUGUGGGGAUGUUUUUCAGUGGCAGGGACUGGGAGACUAGUCAGGAUCGAGGCAAAGAUGAAUGAAGCAAAGCACAGAGAUAUCCUUGAUGAAAACCUGCUCAGGACCUCAGACUAGGGGCGAAGGUUCACCUUCCAAAAGGACAAUGACCCUAAGCACACAGCCAAGACAACGCAGGAGUGGCUUCGGGACAAGUCUCUUAACGUCCUUGCGUGGCCCAGCCAGAGACGGGACUUGAUCCCGAUUGAACAUCUCUGGAGAGACUAGAAGAUAACUGUGCAGCGACGAUCCCCCAUCCAACCUGACAGAUCUUGAGAGGCUCUGUAUCACCAAAUACAGCUGUGCCAAGCUUGUUGUUUCAUACCCAAUAAGACUCGAGUUUGUAAUCUCUGCCAAAGGUACUUCAUCAAAGUACUGAGUAAAGGGUCUGAAUACUUAUGUAACUGUUUAUUUUUAUUUUUUAUUUACAUAAAUUUGCAAAAAUGUCAUCUGUUUUUGCUUUGUCAUUAUUGGGGUGUUGUGUGUAGAUUGAGGUGGAAAAAGUCAAAGGGUCUGAUUACUUUCCGAAUGCACUGUAAUAACGAGUACACUGUCCAUAUCCAACAUUAUUAUGGAAGUCAUUUUUCAUAUUUACUAGGGUAAAUAACAUCUGCUGAAUAUGUGUAUGUGAUAAAUAACAUUUGAUUUGCUAUAUAUAUAUUUUUUACAGGAUGGGUCAUAUUGUGGCAAGUGGUUUAUUUAACCUUAUAUGGAGAAGGGAUAUGUUAUACAUUUUUGUGAAUUCACUCAAUGUAUACUUAUAUGCUGUGUAAACAAAAUAAAACAUUUUUCAGACUUUGA